GCCGGCGGCAACCAAUGGACAAGGUCACGGUCGAGCUGGGCGCAACACAUCAAGCGUCGGCGGCGACGCUAAGCCGCGCGGAGGAUUUCAAAGAGAAAGGAAACGAUGCGUUGAAGGCAUUCAAGUUCCCUCUGGCUAUCGAGAUGUACACAACGGCAAUUUCGCUUAACCCAACGGCUAUCUACUACUCUAACCGCGCCGCUGCCCACAUCAAGAUGGAAAGCUACGGCCUAGCAUUGGAGGAUGCGUCGGAAGCCAUUAAGAUCGAUCCGUCCUACAUCAAAGCGUACUACCGCCGUGCGUCAGCAAAUCUUCCCCUCGGUCAUUUGAAGGAUGCGUUGAGAGACUACCGAACAGUCGUCAAGAUGAAACCCUCGAGCGCCGAGGCCAAGAGCAAGAUGAAGCAAUGCGAACAAUUGAUUCGACAGGCAGCUUUCGCUGAAGCGAUCCAGUCAGAGCGACAUCGACCUCUCAGCGAAACGAUCGACGUGUCCGCGUUGGUUGUGGACUCGUCGUACGAUGGACCACACCUCCCUGAGACAACACCGACGAUCGAGUUUGUCACAGACGUGCUGGACCACUUCAAGCGCGGGAAACUCCUCCAUCGAAAGUAUGCGCUGCAGAUUUUGCUCCAGAUGAAGGCGAUGCUUCAAGCGCUGCCAACGCUUCUCCGCAUUCCGCUGGGGACCGAGUCACAGGCACACAUCACGGUCUGUGGCGAUACACACGGACAAUUCUACGACGUGUGCAAUAUAUUUGCCCUGAAUGGUCUCCCGAGCGAGACCAACCCGUACCUGUUCAACGGCGAUUUCGUCGAUCGGGGGUCGUUUAGUCUUGAAGUGGUCUUGACUCUGUUUAUCAUGAAGCUAGCCUUCCCCGAUCACGUCCACUUGCUCCGCGGGAACCACGAGUCGAAAAACAUGAACAAGAUUUAUGGAUUCGAAGGCGAAGUCAAGCACAAGUAUGACGAAGUCGUGAUGAACUUGUUCAGCGAAGUGUUCAACUGGCUUCCCCUCGCCGCUUGCAUCGAGUCCAAGAUCCUCGUCGUACACGGCGGCCUCUUCCAUCAGGACAAUGUAACUCUCAACGAUAUCAUGAAGAUCGACCGGAACCGCGAACCCCCCGAGAGCGGCCUGAUGAGCGACUUAAUGUGGAGCGAUCCCCAACCAUUUCCCGGCCGCGGACCGUCCAAGCGCGGCAUCGGGUUGAGCUUCGGGCCCGAUGUGACCAAGGCGUUCUUGGCGUACAACAACUUGGAUCUGCUUGUGCGGUCACAUGAAGUCAAGGACGAAGGUUACUUGGUCGAACAUGACGAAAAGUGCAUCACAGUGUUCAGUGCACCCAACUACUGCGACCAAAUGGGCAACAAGGGCGCAUUCAUUCAGUUCUUCCGCGAUCUCAAGCCGCGGUUCACGAAAUUCACGGCGGUGGAACACCCGCCCAUUCGACCCAUGGCGUAUGCGGGCAACAUGGGAGGCAUGUUUGGAUUGUAGUUGCCCAUCCUGUCGCAUGACGUGGUGGUCGACUGGCACCAUCGAUGGAGAGACGGCAGAGAGAAGUUUGAACUUCACGACGAAGCAGGUAGCGUCGGCGGGACGACAAAUAGAAAUCACGUGUGACAUUCUUCGAAGCAAACCAGAGGCGUGGUGAAUCGGAA